AUGGAUGCUGCCCCGACUCUGCUGCCCCAAAAGGACAAGUAUGAGCAGUUGCUGGCGAAGUACGACUGGAGCUCUCCGUUUCCACCUCGCGGUUAUCAGUUUGGCGUGGGGCGUGGCGCCAAGGCCUUCUCCACAUCCGCAGAGCUGAGCUCUGCCGUCGGUGCCGCCGCCGCUCCAUUCCUGCUGUCGACACCAGAAACGAGCGGCCUGUUGGAUGCUUUAGAUCGCCUCGAGGAAAAACGUCAAAAACGCCGAAGGGAUGAUGCGAAGGGGGCUCGUCAGGCCGCCACCGCCCACGAAAGCAAGAAGCCAAAAACGCUUCUUUCCAUGGAGGAUCUUGCGACUGUUGGUAGCGGCGUGGCGGGACACUCGCUGGUGAAGCGUAAGGCGCGCACAGAGGACAUGGAUGUAGUUGACAAUCAUGUGUUUGCUGACGAGACGUCGGUGGUGACGGCGGGUGACUUACUUCGAAGUCAGACAUUUACCACCAAACAAACUUUGGAAAACAUCCUUGGGAUGGGCUCACCCACGGAACAAACGACGUGGAUUACACACUCUCGUGCAUUUCGUGAGAUGGGGUUGUCAAAGAAGGCGCACCAGACGUUAAUAGAAGGUUGUAGACUUACAGGAAGUAAAGGACCAUUGAUUUGGAAGGAACGGUUAGAGCAUACACAAGACCCUGCGGCUAAGCGACAGCUUCUUGAGGAAGCCGUAAAGGCCUGUUCGGGGUGCGAGGAGUUGUGGUUGCUUUUGCUAGAGCAUGAGCCACCCCAUGGACAACUGCACUGGCUGCAGCAAGCCGUCAUGGUGUGUCCCUCGAGUGAGAAACUCUGGCUACGCGUCCUUCUCCACAUUUCUGCACCACGGGAUCAAAAAAAGAUUAUUCGCAAGGCACUUGAAGUUACCCCGAAGCUUCCCUCUCUGUGGGCAAUGCUGGCACGGUUGGAGUCCUACGAGACGGGGAAGGCAAUUUUUAAUGCCGCUGCUGCCGAGCAUCUCUCACUGCAAAUUAUUGUUGAAGCAGCCAAGUUUGAGGAAUUUCACUUCAGUUCACGCAUCAAGGAGGGAAAGCGGACGGAAGAAGGGAGUUUACAGGUGUUGGGCAAUGAACGGAUUCAACAAUUUGUGCAUCAGGCCGUGGGGAGCUUUCUGAUAGUGGAAGAGGAAAAGUCACGAAGAGAGUGGCUUGAGGCGGCGCGUGCCGCUGCAUUUGAGCGGUAUGUCUUGACCUCAGCAUACAUGUAUUUGUAUUUUGUUUCUGACCGGAAGACAAAAUCCCUUUUUGUGCCCGCCACAUGGAUAGAGGAUAUUGUGGCAUUAGUACCGGACAUAUGGCGGACGCAUGAGACAGUCUGCGCAAUGUGGGCGGCAAUGCUUAUUCUCCACCAAAUUCACGGUAAGCCUUUGUGCGGUGACACACACAUAAAGGAAAAGGAGGUGGAAGUUAUGACAGUCGCAUUGCGAUUGGCUUCGUCCGUGGCGAUAGAUGCCGCUCUGUCGGCGUUAUUAAAGCAAAUGACCUUUACUGAUGCGUCCAACUUGGGGAACCAAAGCGUGGAAGAGGAAGAGGAGGAACUAGGUCGACCGGGGACGACAGAGUUGGCUCUUUCGCCGCCGAAUGGAACCACUACCUCGGCCACAGCUGCCUCAAAUAGUCUUCCACUACCACUGACAUGUGUGUUUCUUUGCACGCUGCUGCAUAUGCCGUGGCUUACCACGGCAGAGAUGACAAUUCGCAUUGCCAAAGUGUUGUAUGACCGCGGGUUUUAUGAGGGUGCUUCACAUGUCCUGCGACUGAGCAUUUCACAACACCCAACAAAUUGUUUUCUUUUUCCAGCCGCAGCCAAAACACUGCUGGCAAUUGGCCGUGAGGAAGAAGCCGUGGAAAUGCUCUUGAGGGGGACGGAACUUGUAUCGGCUGAAAGCGACAUUGUAUGGGUGAAGCUUGCCGUGCAUCAGCGGAGCAAGCAAAAGGACAUUCUGCCUCUUAUUGAUAAAGCCCUGUGUUUGUUUCCCAAGUCUGAGAAGUUAUGGUUGCUGCGAUUGGAGGCAGAAGGGGCGAGGAUUAAAAGGUUGCUGGACGAUGCAGCGAUGCGGGGAGUCAGCACGUUGCCUUUUAUCAUUGAGCUGCGUCAAAUCUAUAGUAAGGCACUGAGUGAGGCGAACUGUCGUUUUUCCCCCACUGUGUGGUGUUACGUAGGUGAACGUUUGGAGUCCGUUUUGUUGAGCAGUGCCAGUGCUGCCCGAGCAUUGCUACUUGAGGGCGUCGUCGUGUGCGGGCGAAAACAACCGAACAAAAAGGCGGAAAUCCAAGCUGCCUUUGGCCUUGCGAGAUGCCAAGUGGAGCGAAUACAUUCGGGUCGUGAAACAGCCCUGGAAGUUGUUAAGGAAACGUUACAACUACUACCAAAGAACAAUGGCUCCUUUACUGUUCCUGUGGGCGAGUUGGUUUCUCUUUCCAUUGACCUUGAGGCUCCGGCAGCGCGGGGCCGUGCGGCGGCACAGGCGGUGCAACAUUGGCAUGUGCGGGAUCCACUAGUGUUUGGUUCCAUUGCGAAGGUGUACCAUGCGGCUGGCAAAUACGACAAGGCAUUGGAGCAAGCAAUGAAGGCGGUGAAAAUGAGUGAGGGUUCUUGUGGUGACGCCGUGGCAUUGUGGCUGAAGCUUGCUUCCUUGACUGCGUACAGGCGCUUGGUGAAGGCGUUGAUGUGUAUAGCGGACGAGGGUGAAUUAUCUAACACGGAGGAGCCUAUUCCCAUGAGUCUUAUGCUAUCGUGGCUGUGGAACCAAAUUGCAUUGGAUAGCGAUGAUUCGGGUAAUGCCACUGAUGCGGGCAGCAAUAAACAGCACACGCCAAAAAUCAACGGAGGCCCUUUGUGGGUACUUGUUGCCAAAAUAAAGGACCCAAGCAAUGUGACACUGCUCGGGUACAGAGACUCCGUCGAGUCGAUGUUGCAGGAGGUGAUGGACCUCAUUGAAUUGUGA